GACGGCAAUUCAGGAUCUUUCUUUCAUGUGCAAAAUGACAAAUACCAGCAAGAUCUCCAAUCCUCGUUUAACAAUAAUCCAUUAACCUCCAUUGUGCGCGUAGCUGACGAGGAGCAAAAUCGCAAGGAACUCUACGAGCUUUUCGUGGAAGAAAAAAAUCCACCCGUUAAACUAACUGAUAAGUUGACUUUUUGUGCUGAAAUGCCAGAUGAGGGCUCUUAUGGAAGAGCGUUUUGGAGGGUUAAGUACACUUGCAAUUUUCUAAACUUUCAAAACGAAUGGCAAGAGAUUGAAAAAUAUUUACCUAAAAUGAGUAGCAAAGCGAGAGCGAAUCUCAAGCUUACGACCGGUAUUUUGAUGCAGAAAUAUUACACUGAUGACAAAUCCCUCAGAAAAGGUGAUAGAAUUCCUUUCCACUCAAACAAUAAUGAAAAUAAAUCGCUAAACACCGAUUCCGAUGAGUUUAAAUUUGUCUGUUUGAGGGUGCCAAGACGCCAUGCUCAAAUGGUUCUUGAUUUGGCAAAAUAUUGGUGUGAGCAUGGCUUAAAUCAACCUGUGAUAGUUGUCCCACCGAGUAAGUCUAGUGGAGGUGACAUUAUCUCCCUCGUCAAUCAUCCCUCCUUCCUUUGUUCGUGGGAGAACCCCGGUCCUAACUUUGGUAUCUACUAUCUACCCAAUUUCAAGCACUUUUUCAUCAAUAAGGUGACCAAAGAUGACAAGACUGAAUUAAUUCUCAACUUUCCCAUGAAAGAUGAGUUGAGUGUUCUGAUGCCCAACGGAAAAAUGUGCAGUCUUGAGGAAGAUACUCUCAUAAACCCGAAGAGAAAAGAUGACCCCUUUCAAAGUAUCUUACUUCCGCGAUUUCUGACAACGCCUAUCCAAAUGGAUGCAGUCACAAGUAUCCUCAACGACGUCCUAAAAUGCCUCGGAAAUGAAGAAAGCGAAGAUUAUGAACAAGAGUAA